UAAAGGCCGUUCAGCCGUGCGUCGGCGUCAUUUAAAAAAAAUCAAAGCGGGCGUCGCAAGUGCGGAAUAAUUUAUAGCCUUUGUUAUUCGUGACGUGGCCUUUUAGCCGGAGCAACUGAUAGCUCGUCCUCGUAAAUCCAGUUAUCUUCGAUCAUGAAGUACUUUUUGCUGCUGGGCCUGCUGCUUUUAGCAGGCGUCAAUCAAAUUGCAGCCAGUGAAGAUGAAGCGGCAACGGAGACCAUUGACUUGGAUCUGGGAUCUUUUAAGGAGGGUUCCCGCACAGAUGCCGAAACUUUGAAGCGCGAAGAGGAGGCCAUCCAACUGGACGGUUUGAAUGUGGCCCAACUGAAGGAAAUUCGCGAGAAGGCUGAGAAAUUCACCUUCCAGACAGAGGUGAACCGCAUGAUGAAGCUGAUCAUCAACUCGCUGUACCGCAACAAGGAGAUCUUCCUGCGCGAACUGAUCUCGAAUGCCUCCGAUGCCAUCGACAAGAUCCGUCUGUUGGCUCUGUCCAACAGCAAGGAGCUGGAGAGCAAUCCGGAGCUGCACAUUCGCAUUAAGGCGGAUAAGGAGAAUAAGGCUUUGCACAUCAUGGACUCGGGCAUUGGCAUGACCCAUCAGGAUCUGAUCAACAACCUGGGCACCAUUGCCAAGUCUGGAACAGCCGAUUUCCUGGCCAAGAUGCAGGAUCCCAGCAAAUCGGAGGGUCAGGACAUGAACGACAUGAUCGGACAGUUCGGUGUGGGCUUCUACUCGGCCUUCCUGGUCGCCGAUCGGGUGGUGGUCACAACCAAGCACAACGACGACAAGCAGUACAUCUGGGAGUCGGACGCCAAUAGCUUCUCGAUCACCGAGGAUCCCCGUGGCGAUACGCUGAAGCGAGGAUCCGUCAUCUCGCUGUAUCUGAAAGAGGAGGCCCAGGAUUUCCUCGAGGAGGACACCGUUCGCGAACUGAUCCGCAAGUACUCGCAGUUUAUCAACUUCCCCAUUCGCAUGUGGUCCAGCAAGACUGUGGAGGAAGAGGUGCCCGUCGAGGAGGAGGCGGCUAAGCCUGAGAAAACCGAGGAUGACGUGGAGGAGGAGGAGGACGCCAAGGUCGAGGAGGCCGACGAUGAGAAGCCCAAGACCAAGAAGGUAUCGAAGACCACCUGGGAUUGGACCCUCAUCAACGACAGCAAGCCCAUCUGGACGCGCAAGCCCGCCGAGGUGACCGAGGAUGAGUACACCAGCUUCUACAAGAGCCUCACCAAGGAUUCCAGCGAGCCGCUCUCCCAGACGCACUUCAUCGCCGAGGGUGAGGUGACCUUCAAGAGUUUGCUCUACGUUCCGAAGGUUCAGCCUUCCGAAUCCUUCAAUCGCUACGGCACCAAGUCGGACAACAUCAAGCUAUACGUGCGUCGCGUCUUCAUCACCGACGAGUUCAACGACAUGAUGCCCAACUAUCUGAGCUUCAUUCGCGGCGUCGUCGACUCCGAUGAUCUGCCUUUGAACGUUUCCCGCGAGACCCUCCAGCAGCACAAGCUCAUUAAGGUGAUCAAGAAGAAGCUGGUCCGCAAGGUGCUCGACAUGCUCAAGAAGAUCGAUAAGGAUGCGUACGAGAAGUUCUGGAAGGAGUUCUCCACCAACAUCAAACUGGGCGUGAUGGAGGAUCCCAGCAACCGAUCGCGUCUCGCCAAGCUGCUGCGCUUCCAGACCUCCAACGGCAAGGGCGUCACCUCGCUGGCCGAGUACAAGGAGCGCAUGAAGGCCAAGCAGGAGCACAUCUACUACAUUGCCGGUGCCAAUCGCGCCGAGGUCGAGAAGUCGCCCUUCGUCGAGCGUCUGCUGAGCAAGGGCUACGAGGUUCUCUAUCUCGUGGAGGCCGUCGAUGAGUACUGCAUCUCCGCGCUGCCCGAAUUCGAUGGCAAGAAGUUCCAGAACGUGGCCAAGGAGGGAUUCCAGCUGAACGAGUCGGAGAAGAGCAAGAAGAACUUCGAGGAGCUGAAGGGCACCUUUGAGCCGCUGGUCAAGUGGUUGAAUGAUGUGGCCCUUAAGGAUCAGAUCUCCAAGGCCCAAGUCUCCGAGCGCCUGAGCAACUCCCCGUGCGCUUUGGUGGCCGGCGUCUUCGGCUGGACCGGCAACAUGGAGCGCCUGGCCAUGUCGAAUGCCCACCAGAAGUCCGACGAUCCACAGCGCACCUACUACCUCAACCAGAAGAAGACACUGGAGAUUAACCCGCGGCAUCCGCUGAUGCGCGAGCUCCUGCGUCGCGUGGAGGCCGACGAGGCUGAUGAUACCGCCAAGGACAUGGCCGUGAUGAUGUUCCGCACCGCCACUCUGCGAUCGGGCUACAUGCUGCAGGAGACUUCCUCCUUCGCCGACAGCAUUGAGCAGAUGAUGCGCCAGACGUUGGGCGUUUCGCAGACCGAACAGGUGGAGAUCGAUGAGGAUGAGGAGGAUGAGGAUGCCGAGGAGCCAGCGACCGGCAGCCAGGAGAGCGCCAGCGCCGACGAUGAGGAGGAGGAUCAGCAGCACGACGAGCUGUAGGCUAUCGUAUCAUCCACAAAGUCCACUUGAUUGUACAUACGAAUGUGGAGGAGGAGGUCAGACUGAGUUUUAAACAACCACUUGCCGGGCGGUUCAUCAACAUUACUCGCUAGCAUGUCCCUAGAUUCUAAGUAAAGCAAUUUCGUAAUCCUUCACCGCCAGUCGCCCAGAAAAGAGAGCACUCCAUUACACACUACAUUCGGUUGCAGUCGCUCAAGCGUUUUCUUUUUUCGAAAGCAAAUGAAAUAUGUAUUUAUACAAUGUAAUAUGAUUCCAAUCAAAAUAAAGAAAGACAAAUGAA